GUUUUCUUCAGUCUUGCUGUGUUUCUUGCUGCUUAUGGAAGAAGCUCUUUCUGUCGGAUUUAGUUUCUAGCAUCAUUACCUGAGCAAGAACGCAGACUCCUGCAGGACACACAGAAUGGAGUUUUUAUUCGAGUUUCUAUUCUCUCCAUUGCCCACCUCUGCACUGGUGUUCUUGUUUGGGCUCGGUGCAGUUGCUUUGACUUAUCUCAACACCAGGCCCAAGCCUCUGCGGGUACCUGUCGAUCUGAAUAGACAGACAGUGGGAACUGCGGGUGGAGCCAGGAAAAAUGCAAUUCUAAAAGAUGACAACUUAAUAUCCUAUUUAUACGAAGAUGCCAAGACUCUAUAUGAGGUUUUCCAAAGGGGACUACAUGCUUCAGGAAAUGGACCUUGCUUGGGGUACAGAAAGCCUAGGAAGCCAUACCAAUGGCUAAAAUACAAACAGGUUUCAGAUAGGGCUGAGUAUUUGGGCUCUGGACUGCUCCACAAAGGCCUGGAGCCCUCACCAAAAUCAUUCAUUGGCAUCUUUGCUCAAAAUCGACCAGAGUGGAUUAUCUCUGAGCUGGCCUGCUAUACUUAUUCCAUGGUGGCAGUUCCUCUGUAUGACACGUUGGGUCCUGAGGCACUUGUCUUCAUUAUUAACAGAGCCAAAAUAUCUACAGUACUUUGUGACAAGCAGGACAAAGUGGAGACUCUUCUAGCUAACUGUGAAAAAAGUCUUACCCCUGUGCUCAAAACCAUUAUUGUUAUGGAUGCAUUUGAUGCUGCUCUAACAGAAAGAGCAUCCAAAUGUGCAGUGGAAAUAAUGAGUCUAAAGGACAUGGAGGCUCUGGGAAAAGAUAAUCUUCGAAAGCCAAUUCCACCAAAGCCAGAAGACUUGAGUAUUAUAUGUUUUACCAGUGGAACUACUGGUGAUCCAAAGGGAGCCAUGUUAACCCAUGAAAAUGUAGUGGCAGAUGCUGCUAGCUUUGUUAAAAGCUUUGAGAGUGCCUUUACACCACUGUCCACUGAUGUGCUGAUAUCAUUCCUGCCACUGGCUCACAUGUUUGAGAGAGUUGUUCAGACAGUGCUGUAUGGUGUGGGUGGAAGGGUAGGUUUCUUCCAAGGAGAUGUCAGACUGCUUCCUGAUGACAUGAAAACCCUAAAGCCCACAGUUUUCCCUGUUGUACCACGUCUUCUUAAUCGUGUAUAUGACAAGAUUCAAAGUGGGGCCCAGACUCCAUUCAAGAAAUGGCUCCUGAACUUUGCCAUUGAAAGGAAACAUGCAGAGGUGAAGCGGGGCAUCAUCAGAAACAACAGCAUAUGGGACAAGCUCAUCUUUCACAAAGUUCAGGAGUCUCUUGGGGGAUGUGUGCGAGUGAUGGUGACAGGUGCUGCUCCCAUUUCACCUGCUGUACUCAGCUUCCUCAGAGCAUGCCUCGGUUGCCAGAUAUUUGAGGCAUAUGGCCAAACUGAGUGCACAGCAGGCUGCACCAUCUCUCUGCCUGGGGACUGGACUGCUGGACAUGUUGGAGUACCCGUUCCAUGUAAUGUGGUCAAACUAGUAGAUGUCGAAGAAAUGAACUAUUUCGCAUCUAAUGGUGAAGGAGAGGUGUGUAUAAAAGGAAAGAAUGUCUUCUGUGGGUAUUUGGAUGAUCCAGAGAAGACAGCUGAGGCCCUUGACCAAGAUGGAUGGUUACAUACUGGAGACAUUGGCAAAUGGCUUCCGAGUGGAGUCUUGAAGAUUAUUGACAGGAAGAAAAACAUUUUCAAACUGGCACAAGGCGAGUACAUUGCUCCUGAAAAGAUUGAGAACGUUUACAUUCGCUGUGGAUCAGUUGCUCAAGUAUUUGUUCAUGGGGACAGUUUGCAGUCCUGUUUAAUAGCCAUUGUGGUGCCAGAUGCUGAGGUACUACUAGGUUUGGCUGAGAAGCUUGGAGUUAAGGGAUCAUUGGAAGAACUUUGUAAAAACCAGCAAAUUAAGAAGGCUAUCCUUGUUGACCUUGUAAAGCUGGGACGUGAGGCAGGGCUCAAAUCCUUUGAACAAGUAAAAGACCUGCAUCUCCACCCUGAGCAGUUCACCAUAGAGAAUGGUCUGCUUACUCCAACACUUAAGGCUAAAAGAGGUGAUCUCAGCAAGUUCUUCAAACAUGAGAUUGAAAAUCUUUACGCUCAACUGCAGUGAUCACCAGAAAAGGCCAGAUGUAAAAAGCUCCUGUGACCUACAAAGCAACUCAGAGAACCAAAGGAAUGUAGGCCGUAAAGCUUAGUAGUACACAAGGUAUAGAUAUACAGCAUUGUUUUUUCGUAUUUGUAAUUAAAUUUUUUUUUUUUUUUUUUUUUUAAGAAGUGUCAAGUCAGCUUGACUAUGGUCAAUUAAGCCCUAUCUUCUGCACAAAUGUACAUAUUGAUGGAAUAGCCCAUUUUCAUUUCAUUUCAUCUAUACACAGUGCUACUGUAGUAUAUUUGAGAUUGACAUAGGCAAUAAUUUCAGUACAGCCGACCAAAGCACAGUUGUAAUGGGAGUCAAAGUUGUUGAAUUUUGUCAAUAAACAUGAAAAAUACAUUUAUACUCUAUAAUGCAAACACAAAUAUCUGCCUAAAAGUCUAAAGACAUAUUUAAAGACAUAUAUGGGAUAUCUGAAUAUUUAUUAUACAAUAAUAUCUGAAUAAUUUAUUAUAGAAAGAUACUAUAAAAAUAUAGUUUAAACCAACUUUAUAAAACUGCAGCAAUAUGUACUUUUUAUUGUUGUUGACAAUUGACAGAAACCACAAAUUAUUUUUAAAAAAAGAUUUCUCAUCUUCUAAAGGGUGUUGAUUAUGGUUUUGUAGUUUCAUUUACAGGAGUUUUUGACACAAACAAAAAAGAAAUUAAUGAGUCAUUAAAAUAAUGGAAAAUAGAAAUUCACUGACUGCCCCAACAACUGCCCUUUUAAUACACUUUUAUCACAAGUGUGUUUUAUUUAACAAUUUUUUUUUUCUUGUGUCUCAGUUGUUGUUUGUUUCACUACAGUUGAAAUAGACAAUGAUUAAACUGGAAUGUUGAAUCCUUUCAUUUAAUGCUAUGUACAUUUGAAAAAGCACUGAAAAAGAGAAUUACUGAGUAAAUAAUUACCAUUUUUGUUUUAUAUGUAUCAAAAAAAACCCAAAAAAAACAAAAACUAGAUCAUACCAUAAAGAGCAGAAAUGUUUACUUAUCUACUGUAAGGUUCACAUCGAUCUUACAAAAAUAAUAAAAAAUAAAAUUACCAUUUUUUUCUGUA